AUGUCUCGUGACCGCCGAGGCUUUCAGUCUGUUGACGUCUCAGGGGAUAGCCAUUGGGCAACCAAGUUGUCCAAAUUCAAGGUGGACCUGGACGGAAUUGAUACCUCCUCCCUUUGCCGACCUUCCUGUGGGGCACUGAUCGACUCAGGGACGUCGCUGUUGACUUUCCCACGAUCAGCCAGCCACAUCACAGAAGCACUCAAGCGCAAGGUGAAGAGUGAUUGCAGCAACCUGGAUGAGCUUCCAACGUUGUUUUUCGAGCUGGACGGUGCGGAGGUGGUGCUACCUCCACGAGCCUACAUCUUCAAGGUCACCGAGAAUGGUUCUCCUGCGUGCCGAGGGGCUUUCAUGAAGGUGGACAAGGAGUCUCAAUUUGGAGAAGUCUUCAUUUUGGGAAUGCCCUUCUUGCGUUACUAUUUCACGGUUUUUGACCGCGCCAACAAGCAGGUACAUAUCGCCAGAUCCACCGAGGACUGCAAGGCACAGCUUGUCCACGGCCUUGCUGUACCUAGCAAAAUUCUUCUUGUUAGGUUGGAAUCGCACCAUAGCAAUCCUUCCUUGCUUCCUUGCAUUGUUUGGAAGUUUUCCUGGAGUCCUUUCUGGAACUGUUUGAAGUAUACUGAGAAUAUAAUAUAUAUAUAUGGUCCCGUCCUCCGUCUCUCCACCCCCCCCCAUGGGUUGGGUCCCCAGGUAGCAGCCCCAAUUCCCUUCUAUUUGCAAGCUAUUGGCAGCAUUUCUGAGGUCCAGCUGCGUAUUUGCUAG